AUGCUCCUGCCAAUCGUAAAGAGCGCGUUAGGCCUCACUGCCCAUAGCAUUCAACGUACAGUAGUAAGACAAGCUCACCAUAAACAUGAACCUGAUUUUCAUGACAAAUAUGGCAACAUUAUUCUGCUUGUUGGAGUUAUGUUUUGUGCCUUCAUUUGGACUUACGCUGUGACACAAACUGGGAUUGAGUGGAAUUUGUCUCCUGUUGGCCGAGUAACCCCAAAAGAAUGGAGAGAGAAAUAGAGGUGUCUUCAUGCAUGUCUUUGAAAUGCUGGAAGCAAACAUGAACUGGUCUGAUCUUUCACCAGAGCACACU